AGCAAUACAAAACUUAUUUUGAAAAAAAAUUAUAUAUUCUUAAAAAAUCUGUAUAAAAAUAUGACUGAUCCAAACGAAAAAAAGGCGCUUCAAAAAAUUGAAGAAGGCGACAGGAAAUUAAAAAAGAAUACUGGAUUUAUUUCAAGCAUUUUUGGAGGUGGAGGAUCUGGUGUUUCUGACGCAAUUGAAUGUUAUAUUAGUGCUGCAAAUUCGUAUAAGGCCGCAAAGAGUUGGUAUUCUGCUGGGGAAACAUUCAUUCGUGUUGCUGAAUUGCAUGAAAAACACAGUGAUUCUAAAUUUGAUGCUGGACAAAAUUUCACUGAAGCUGGCGUUUGUUUCCGCAAAGUUGACUUUAUGAAAGCAACAGGAUGUUAUCAAAGAGCUGCUGAUAUAUAUGUUGAUAUGGGGAAGUUUACAAUGGCUGCUAAAGCUUAUGUGGCAUUGGCUGAAGUUUGUGAAUCUACUUUGAGUGGUAAUAUUCCUGAAGAAAGAAAUAUUGCGAAUGUUUUGCCGAAAGAAAAGUGCAAAGACUUGUGUCUCAAUUCUUAUUUAAAAGCUGCUGAUUUUUACAAGGGAGAAGAACAAAAAAGUUCAGCUUCUAAAUGUUUAGUUAAAGUUGGUUUACUUGCUGCAGAAUUGGAACAAUAUCAACGGGCAAUGCAUAUUUUUGAGGAAAUUUCAAUUUAUGAAUCUGAAAAUUCUAUGUUGAAAUAUGCUUCUAGGGGACAUUUUUUCCAGGCUUUACUUUGUGCGCUUUGUUAUGAUCCUCUUGAAGCGGAGAGAGCUUUAAAGCGUUAUAAAGAGAUUUCCCCAAUUUUCAAAGAUUCUGAUGAAUGUAAACUUUUUACAAAAUUAUUGGAUGCUGUUAAGGCGGGCGAUCCUGAUGGUUUUACGGCAGCCGUUGAAGAACAAGAUAAAAAGUCACGCUUUGAUAAUUGGCAUACUAGCAUUCUUUUAAAGAUUAAACGUUCUUGUGGGGAUGGUGGUGAAGUUAAAGCAGGUGGGGCUGGAGAUGCUGAGGAAGAUGAUGAUUUGCGUUGA